AUGUCACUGCCUUCGGCACAAGAAGCGGCGGCGCCAUCUGUGACCACGACGGCACACAAGGCCCCUGCGGAGAUCAGUCAAGACAACCCCCUCUACUCGCUCUCUCCUCUCGAUGGUCGCUACAAGCGUGACACGGCCGCGCUGCGCGCCUACUUCUCCGAAUACGCGUUAUUCAAGUAUCGCGUGCAGGUGGAGGUGCUGUACUUCCAAGCGCUGUGCAAGGAGGUGCCGGUGAUCACGCAGCUUCGCGGCGUCACAGAUGCGCAGCUGGAGAAGCUGCGGGCAACCACCUUCGAGAACUUCACAGUGGACGAUGCCCGGAUGAUAAAGGACAUUGAGGCGGUCACGAACCACGAUAUCAAGGCAGUGGAGUACUACCUGAAGGACAAGAUGUCUGCCUGCGGCCUCGAGGCCGAAAAGGAGUUCAUCCACUUUGGGCUAACGUCGCAGGACAUCAACAACACCUCGAUUCCGAUGCUCCUGCGCGACGCUCUGCACCACCACUACAUCCCAACGCUGGAUCAGCUGAUCGCGCACCUCAAGAGCAAGCUGCCUGAGUGGGAUGUCCCGAUGCUGGCCCGGACGCACGGCCAACCGGCGAGCCCGACGAACUUGGCGAAGGAAUUCAUGGUGUGGAUUGAGCGGCUGGAAGAGCAGCGGACGAUGCUGCUGAGCAUCCCAAACACAGGCAAGUUCGGCGGCGCUACCGGCAACUUCAACGCGCACCUCUGUGCGUACCCUGGCGUAAACUGGCUGGAGUUUGGGGAGCUCUUCCUGAGCAAGUACCUUGGCCUUCGCCGCCAGCGCUACACAACUCAGAUCGAGCACUACGACAACCUCGCCGCCAUCUGCGAUGCGUGCGCGCGGCUGCACACAAUCUUGAUGGACCUGGCCAAGGACGUGUGGCAGUACAUUUCACUCGGCUACUUUGAUCAGAAGGUGAAGGCGGGCGAAGUCGGCAGCAGCGCGAUGCCGCAUAAGGUGAACCCGAUCGACUUCGAGAACGCUGAGGGCAACCUGGGCAUGAGCAACGCCGUCCUCGGUUUUCUUUCAGCGAAGUUGCCCAUCUCCCGUCUGCAGCGCGACCUCACAGACAGCACGGUGCUGCGCAACCUCGGCGUUCCGCUUAGCCACGCCCUCAUCGCGUUUGCCUCCCUGCAACGCGGCAUCGGCAAGCUCCUUCUCAACAAGGACGUCAUCGCCGCGGACCUAGAGGGCAAUUGGGCUGUCGUGGCGGAGGGCAUCCAGACCGUGCUGCGCCGGGAGGGCUACCCGAAGCCGUACGAGGCGCUCAAGGACCUGACGCGCGGCAACGCGCAUGUUACGGAGGAGACGGUGCACCGCUUCAUCCAGCAGCUCGAGGGCAUCACAGAGGAGGUGCGGCAGGAGCUGCUCGCCAUUACGCCCUUCACGUACGUGGGCUACACGGCGCGUCCCUGA